AGGGCAGUACAAAUAAUGGCGGUCACAGAAGAAGAGAACGGCGGAGACAACGACGACAACGACGACGACGAGAAUCGUAGGGUAAUACGAAACUAUUUUGACACAUAUUACGCAUCCACCCGAAUUGCGGACACAGCUUGGCUCGUGCUCGAAGCAGCUGACACGCUAACAUUGGAGCAACAACAAAAGAACAAGCCAAUAUCAAUCCGGCAAUUUACGCGCUACAUGUUUGGUAUCUGGCGGAUAUUCUUUCUCUGCGUUGAGUCAGUGUUAUCUGACGUUGGCGGAUUGUUUAUGAUUGUAAAAAAGCCAACAUCAUCACCAUCAUCAAUACCACCAAGCAAGGCAUCACCAUCACCACCGUCACUAGUAGCAUCGUCAACGUUUCCUUUUCCUCACCAACAACAAAAGUCAUUUUUAUCAAAAGCAUCUCCAUCUACUACUACCACUACCAUUACUGCUACUCAGCAUCCAUCACAACAGCAGUCUGAUCCUUCUUUAGUCGUUUGAAACUCGCACACCUAAAAGCUUUUUUUUUCCUGCCCUCCACAACGCACACUACCUGCACGUAUAUACAUCUCCCUAUAUUACACCCUAUAUACAUUUGUCUAUUGUAUAGUUUUUUCUUUUUUUUUUUCCGUCGAUGCAUCUUGCAUUUCGGAAAUGGUUUCCAUCUGUUCUUUAUUUGUAUAUUGUAUUGUUUUUAUAAUCAAAAAGAAAACAAGAGAAAGAGAGACUGCAUUUUCAUCAUUGCUGGUGCUGCUGUCACUAACUCCCUAG